AUGCCUAGAAUCUCUACCUCCACACCAAAUACUUCCGGCUACGUCGACAGCGAUGCUGACGACUCUUUAGUAUCACCCAACUCUCCUAGCUCAGUCUUUUCUCAAGAAGAUAAGUUCCUAACUGGAGUGACCGCCCCCAUUAUUAGAUUCAUUAAUGCCACUUUAUGUGAAGAAGGAAAAUCAUACCCAAAUUCGCAGUUAUGGGUUGAUGCUGAAUCUGGUGUCAUUCUUAAGAGCAGCAUCGAUACUGAGUUCAGUGAUGAUCAAGAGCCUUCUCCUGAAGAAGUCACUACUAUCGAUCUCAACGGAGAUAUCCUGUCACCUGGUUUCAUUGAUGCACAGCUCAACGGUGCCUUCGGCAUGGAUUUCUGUGACGUAAACUAUGGUGACGGAUCUAUCAAGGCUUUUGAGGAAGGUGUUGCUUAUAUUGGCAGACAACUGUUCAAGACCGGUGUCACCUCAUACUGUCCUACCUUGCCAUCUACAUAUCCUCAUGUCUAUCAAAAGGUACUUCCAUCUUUAAAACCCAAGAGGAUCUCUACCGCUGCUGAGAGUCUUGGUUAUCACUUGGAGGGUCCAUUUUUGAGUCCCAAGAAGCCUGGUUGUCACCCUCGUGACGCCAUCGUCACUGCUCCUAAGCACUUUCAAUCUUUUGAAGAAAUUUACGGUGCUGAUAACAUUGAUGGUGCUGCCAUUAUUACUUUGGCUGCUGAGCAAGAGGGUGUAAUGGAGUCUAUUCCUGAUCUUACUAAAAGAGGUAUUACUGUUUCUCUGGGCCACUCUGUUCUUGACUACGAUGGAGGUUGCAAAGCAGUUAACCUCGGCGCCAAAAUGAUUACCCAUGUUUACAAUGCCAUGACUCAACCCCAUCACAGAGAACCCGGUCUCUUUGGUCUUCUUGGAGCUCCCAACAAAGAUCUUCCUGAUUCCUCCUGUCAACUCACCAAGCCCUACUAUGGUAUCAUUGUUGACGGUGUCCAUGUUCACCGUAGCGGUGUAGCUGUUGCCUACCACGCCCACCCUGAAGGUUGCUGUCUCGUUACAGAUGCCAUGUUCCCUAUGGGACUGCCUUCUGGAACCUAUACCUGGGGUGAGCAAACUAUCGUUAAGGACGACCUCUUGCUCUUCCUUAACGGCACCAAUACUAUUGCCGGUAGCGGUGUUGAGCUUGACACUUGUCUUCGUAACCUAAUGGCUUGGGCUGAAAUCCCCAUCGAGACUGCCCUGAAAACUGUCACCACCCACCCUGCCAGGGUCCUUGGUGUUGAGAACAAAAAGGGUACUUUGAGGGCCAAGGCUGAUGCUGACUUGACUAUCCUGGAUGCUGCUGGUAACAUCAAGCAUGUCUACAAGCUUGGCCAGUGUGUUUACAGAGCUGCUGACAAAAAAUAA